UACUAGGGAAGUAUAUAAUGGUAAUAGUUUAAACGAAUGAAAAUGCAGCGUUCACAAUCAACUUCUGACAUUUCAUCUGACGCAAAACGUAUUGAUCAUGAAAUCAAACUCAUCCACAAGCAGAUUGCAUUGGCAGAAAAAACAUUUGCUAAUCUGAUCAGAGAUUUUACAAACAUAACUGUGGACAUGACUCGAUUGCAUUCAAGACAUACAGAAUUAAAGGAAACGCUAUCCAAUGUUGCAUCUGAGGAAUCACCUUCUUUAAACGAUUGCCUUGUUUCCAUAUGUAAACAUGUAGGCACUGUUGAUGAAAAUCUACAUCGCCAUGUUUGUUGUAUUGAAAACAAAGUGUUGCAACCGAUUUCAAAGAGUGUCAGAGAUUGUAAAGUAAGUCGCGAGAGCUUGGAACAUUGCUCCGUAGCAAAAAAGAGGCGAGAAACAGCGUUGAAAAGUUUAGCCAAGCACCAACGUCAAAGGUCGCCGUCCACAAAAGCCAUAAAAGAACAUGAAAAAACUCAAGUAACUGUACUUGAAACAACGAAACAAAUUAACCAACUAGAGGACGAAAUAAAACAAUUCGAGAGAUCCAAGGCAGAGAAAUUGCGGACCUGGCUUCGCGUGUAUUUACACAGCAGUUUAGCCUACCAUGUUAAGGCUGUUGAAGAAUAUACGAAAGCUUAUCAGGCGUUGUCGUUGAUUGACGUUGAAAACCACGUGGAACAUUUUAAUUCCAUACUUUUUCCCGCGGAAGAACAUAGCAGAGUUGACUUCGUUCGUUGGAACUCCUUUAACACACUUAGUAACUUCAAAUAAAUGUUAAGAAAAAUAA